CAACCUUCGAGCUUCAUUCGACAUCACGAAACACGACCGAAGCGAGAAGUGAGAGUUGGCCUCUUGUCAUUAGCGGACAAUACGACAGGAGCUAUACACUACUAACUCCAAUGCUACGCACACUGCGCGCUGCGCGCUUUCCAUCACCGAUCCUCUUAACACGCGCCUUCUCCACACAUACCGCAAGAAUGGCACCUCUCCGGAUAGGUUUUGUGCCUGAGCACUUCUCAACACCACUCGAGUUUGCCAAGAAGCACUAUAAUCUGCACUCGCAACUCCUUCCAUUUCCUUCAGGCACCGGGCACAUGGUCACCGCGCUGCAGAACAAUGAAAUCGAUGUCGGUGUUGGUUUGACAGAAGGAUGGAUUGCCGCAUUGGGCAAGGCACAGUCUGCGAAGAAAGACGCUGGUUUCCGCAUCGUGGGCACAUACGUUGAGACACCUUUAUGCUGGGCGAUAUCUAGUGGUACAGAAAGGGAGGACGUCAAGAGUAUAGAAGAUCUAAAGGGCAAGAAGGUGGGUGUGAGCAGAAUAGGAAGCGGAAGCUAUGUCAUGAGCUUUGUCCUGGCGGACCAGCAAGGCUGGCUCCAGAAAGGCGAGUCGCCGUUUCCAGUGGAAGUGCUCAACACAUUCUCGAAUCUGAGGGACGGGGUGAACGACAAGACGGCAGAUUUCUUCAUGUGGGAGCACUUCACAUCCAAGCGGUAUUACGACAAUGGUUCGAUCAAGCGCGUCGGCGAGAUAUAUACGCCAUGGUCAAGCUGGAAAAUCGUUGCUGCUAACGCACUGCUGAACCCGGAGAACUGGAGUCAUGGUACCAACGCUACUGCGCCGCCACUCAAGGAAGAGCUGGAAGAUGCCCUGGUCAAGAUCAACAAGGGCAUCAAGCACUUCGAGAAGAACCAGGAAGAAGCGGUUAAGUACAUAAGCACGAAGCUCGACUACUCCGAAGAGGACGCGAGGGAGUGGCUGAAGACAGUACAGUUCGCGAAAGACGUCAGAGGCGUGGAUCAGAAGGUGGUUGAUAAGACUGUGAACAUCUUGCAAAAGGCGGGUGUACUGGACGAGAAGGCCGAUCCGCCAGCUAUGAUUGCACUGUCGAGAUAGUCAACAAAAAUCCUCAGUGACCGGUACCUCCAAUUGUUGUUCUUCGCUCUUCCAAGAACUAUUUGCCACCCUACGCGUAUUCGACUCCUCUUGCUUGUCUAGACGCCAUGCUCACUUCGAACCACCUACGGCGCCCGUCACGAUUACCUGUAUAUGGCACACAAGCAAAUCUGCGAGUUGCGCGCACAGACCAACAUCGCGAACGGUCUAGAAGCACAGAAACCCGCUUCUGGACUCACAUUUGUCGGGCGCUCCGUAUUACUACUACUACAUAAAAUCCUCGUUCCAAGUCCACGUUUCCGCAGCUGCGCUUCUUGU